CGUUCGAUAGGCCCUUUCCUACAAUGGAAGAAAAGGCGGCUGAUGCGACUAAUCUGUCGGACGCCGAAGCCUCCCGUAGCGUCGACACCUCUCGCACUCAAGAGUCGUCGCGAGGGAAGCGAAAGCAUCGUCGUUCGAAGAAAGCUCAUAAGCAACCCGGGGACACGGCAGCAGCGCCUGGUUCACUGGACAAGGGCACGAGAGGCAGGGAUCUCCGGGAACAGUCUUCAGUUACACCUACCGAGAAGAGCUCGAGCAGCAAGCUUGAAACCACGCAGAAGACCACCAAUAAAGAAGAAACCAAAGAACGGCACCGGGACAACUCUGCGCCGGUAAAGAAGCUGCAGGGUGCCGUGGAAGGCGCUCAGAACCCAGGAACGGAUCGCGUGGCUCAGGCUCCAUCCAGCGUCGGGAACGCGGAGGCCCCACAAACGAAAGCAGUCGAGUCUGCGCCUCGAGGCGAUGUUAGCCAAACGCCGGAGGAAAACAGACAGCGGUGCCGGUAUUUCAACGACGUGAACAAGACAGUGGCCCUGACGGUGGGCUUUAUCAUCGUAAUCUUCAUCAUAUUAAUCGGACCUAACGGCCCCAAGCCCGGCGGGUAUGUUACGUGCGACACCGACAGCUGCAACCUCUACGCGCAGAGGCUACGCGCGUCACUUAACGCGUCCGCCGCCGCACCCUGUUAUAAUUUCAAGGAAUUCGUCUGCAACGGGUGGCGACGCCAGAACAUCUACAGCGUUCGCCAAAACAUGACGCUUACCGCACUUGACGCGCUAGCGGGUCUGGCCAACAGUGUCAGUGUGCCGACCAAAGGCCAGACGACUGCCCAGAAAGGCGCAGGCUUCUUCCGCAGCUGCUACGCUGUCCUCAUAAACGACAAGGACGACAUCGCAGUAGUCAAGAAGUUGCUGAGAGAAGCGAAGGUCGAAUGGCCCCGGCGUCCCGCGCAGCCGGACGUAUUGCACACGCUCUUCUAUUCGUCCAUUCGCCUUCGAUGGAGCCCCAUCUUUAACAUCGAGAUAGAAACCACGAAGACCUACGCAACGCGGGUCUUCCUGAUGCCGUACGAGGAUUUCGAGCUAGUGGCGCGGAAGUACACCUCCCUGAAAAAAUCAGAGGCUGCUGAAAGGCGUGCCUAUUUCGAUGUACUCGCCGACGAAUUUGGAGCGUCCGCAGCCGACCAGACGGUGGUCAGCUUCGAAGAAGUCGAGAACACCCUGCAGGUCAUGCUGGAUCCACUCCUCGACGCCGUGCUGAAGGACAGGAAGCCGGUGGCCAUCAGCCCCGCAUGGCUGUACAGGUCGGGAGCCGAUCCGAGCAAAGCGCGCUGGCAAUCGGUGCUCGCCUCGUACGGCGUUGAGGGCCGCGAGAUGGUCAUCUACGAGACAGAAGCGCUAUCGUUCGUUACGGAGUUCUUCACCCUGUGGGAAAGGUACGGCGUGGCCAUGACCGAAAUUCUGGUGUCUUGGUGCACCGUGCAGGUGGCCGCAUUGUACGCCAAUCACCGGCUCGUCACCAAUUAUUACGGCACACAAGAUGCGGCGCACUUUCAACACGGCGCCUUCUGUCUCAGCAAGGCUUACCUCAUCGCGGGUUUCUCCGUGUUCGUUCCGUACGUUAGCGAAGAAAUGAAACCGCCAGCCCGCGGGGACGCAGAGGUCAUCGCCCUUUCUGUACGGCGUACUUUCCUCAAGAGGCUCAUGAGGUGGCAACACUACGAGCCAGAAAGGAUCGUCUUGGGUGAUUGGGAUUCUGUGUCUGUUGUCUUUAGCCCUUUUGACAGCGAUGCCACGAGCAUCGGGAACGGUAGUCGUUCCUACCCGGAUAUGGGGGAGUCCCUGGCGGAGAAUUGGAGAGACGCCGCGGUGCCGCUCGACGUCAUGCGAUCUGACUUGGUUUACGCCGCUCUGAAGCACCUAAAGCUACACGUAGUGCUCGACUACGACUUUCUCCUCCUGCCGUUCGCUACGGCGUUUCCGAACUAUCAUCUCAACGCCGCUGAAGCCAUCAAAUACGCCGGCGUUGGCAAGGAAGUGGCGCUAGCCUUGAGCGAUGCUUUUCUAGACACCUAUGCACGCUUCAAGGAAGCAAAAAAAGAUAUUGAACGUGCCUCCAUCUGUAUGGCCGGUGCGCCAGACCUUGGCAGCUGCCUGGAAGCGAUCGCGCUUAGCGCCCUUUUCGACGCCUUCAGGAGCGCUUUGGAUGACAAAGAUGUUCGGCUCGUAGGGCUCAACGACUACACGGCGUCGCAGAUUUUCUUUAUAGCGUCGUGUUUCACGACAUGUCCGGGAAGUUCUGAAGGCACUGACGAAGACUGCAAUGUGGCAUUGAGGUACGUCGAUGCCUUCGCUGACGCCUUCAGAUGUCCUCGAUUAACGUAUAUGAACCCCGCCGACCGCUGUCGCCUCUUCUGACACCGGCUUGGACUUGACUGGUUUGCAAAUCGGUUCUCGAACUUUGUGCAACGCGCGCAUCAGUGUUGUGUGACUUCAAUGCGGUGCAACGAGGUGGCAACGCGGUAGGAGAGUCAGUGCACGGAACAGAUAUCUUUUCUAAUACUAGCAAACUUGUUUUGUCAAGCUGAACGAAAUGCUUUUCCUGCUUCGGGUUUUAAUAGGCUUCGGCCUUGCAAUAUUAUGCGCCGCCGGAUUAAGUAUUUUAAAGUAUAUCGCAUUACCUAAGGCUGGAAACCGCAUUCCCUGCAUUCAGUGGCAAUUUGAGAAAACAUGUAUUGUACGGCAUAAACUGGCGACUGCUGCUUAUGUCACGGAGCUGCAGUUUUGCUGCAUACACGGCGAAGAGAACCUUUCCUGCGUGUGUUUGGU